AUGGGUGAACUUGUGGCUGUCUCUUUUCAAGGUUCUCAAAAUUGUACAUCGGAAAGUAUCAUUAAAAUUUUUGAUCGUGCUGCAAAUUAUACUCGAGUCAAAAGUCAAUCUGAACUAUUACCAGUGAUUGUUUUCGAUGAAAUAGGUCUUGCAGAACUUUCUCCGCAUAAUCCUUUGAAAGUCUUACAUGCUGAACUUGAAAUUGAAAAUAAUCGAUAUGGAUUCGUUGGCAUAUCUAAUUGGCGACUUGACGCUUCAAAAAUGAAUCGUACUCUGUAUCUAUCAACACCAGAUCCGGAUGUCAAAGAUUUGAUACUCACCGGCAAAACAAUUUAUGAGAGUAUGCAGCGGCAAUCGCAAGGACAAAUUAUCCAACUUGAACCAACUAUUAUCGAAAGUCUUUCUCAAGCUUAUUUUGAUCUUCAUGAAAAUUUGAAAGAAACGCAAGCGGAUUAUGAAAAUUAUUUUGGUCUUCGAGAUUACUAUUCAUUGAUCAAAGGCAUUGUUCGUGAUUCAAUGAUGAUGAAAAAUGAAACGAACAUUUAUGAAAUUGUACGACGACAGCUAAAAGCUAAUUUUGAUGGUGUUCUUGAUGGAUCAUCACUACUAUGGCAACAUUUUUGUCAAUAUAUGAAUAAACAAAAUCUUUUUAAUGAAUAUAUUCGUCCGUCUUUCAAUCUUCUUCUUGAUCAAAGUCUUAAUGCUCGCGGUGGUCGGUAUUUGAUGCUUAUCGCUGAUAGCGAAAGUGCAAUCGACUACGUCGAAAGUUAUAUUCAUAUUCAUCAACAAAAGCAAAAUGUAGCAGUACGUACACUAAUAGGUAGUUCAUUUCUUGGUGAUCUUAUUGCCGGAAAUAUUUAUGCCGAAUAA